AUGGCUGCCCCUAUCUCAAAGCAAACAAUAAGUUCUUCCGUACUCCAAACCUACCUUGGCAAAGCACAUACUUUUGUCAAUCAAGAAGACCAGGAAUGUAUCGAGAUCGGACCGGGAGAAGCUCCUAAUAUCUCGAGAUAUAAAGUUGGCGGAGACCAAAGGUUCCUUCGACUCUGUAUAUGUCCUCUCAAUGUCAACAUGAAUGAUAAGCUUCCAAUUUCGUGGGGAAUUAUGCGGCAACAGCUCGACCUUCUCAACCUAGACGAAACUUAUAUGUUUGAUGAGAACAUGCAAGCCCCUCCAAGCUGGUUCGAGGUGCCUCUUUCUGGUGAUCUGAAAGGAUAUGUGAUCAAAACAGACAAGUGGGGCGCAGACUUGACCAAUUUCAGCUUGUCAGUCGCUUUUUCCCCAUCGACUGGGAUGACAUGUGCUUUCCUUCACAUCCUUCUUAAAUCCGACCUAAAGCAGAUACAGGACCGGCUUCAGGCGUUGAAAUCCAUUGCUUGGCAUCCCCUACUUCUUCCAUUAAUUCUAUUGGAACAGAGAACGGAGCUCGCACCGCCGGACCUUGCCAAAGUUAGGACUGCCCUGUACAAGAUUGAAAAAACAAACGGAACGCACAAGAAUUACCAAAAGCGGGCCCGCCACCACCAGGCUGGCUACUACGCCUGGGGAGAGGAAGUGUGGAAUCGUCAGGAGUUUGACUCUGCUCCUGGAGAUCUCACGUCUAUGGCGUCCAGUUGUGCGUUGUUUGGAGCAAAAUGCAAAAUCAAUGAGCGGUUUUUGGACUGGAUUGAGGAAAUGAACCAAGCAUUCUCCAUGGUCAUUACCAACUCAUCAACAGGCAACUAUAGUACCUCAAGUUCUAUCAUUAGUGGAAAGAUUUCGACCACCAGGACAUGGCUGAAGAAUAACCAGGACUGGAGUGCAUACCUCGGUCGAAGGGCAGAGGUGCAAGUUCAGGCGUGUCUAAGUUUCAUGGCCCAACGAGACAAUGCGUUUAACCUCAAGACGUCAAAAACCGCGUUACGAGACAGUUCUGACAUGAGAAUAAUUGCAAACGUUACGUUGGCCUUCCUUCCAGCUACAGCAGCGGCAACCUUUUUUAGUACAAGCUUUUUCAACUUCCAGACUGAAGGUCGGAUAGUCUCUGGAUGGAUCUGGUUAUAUUGUGUUGUUUGCGUCGGCCUAACGGCCAUCGCCUUCGUUGCGUGGUAUUGGUCAACCCGGGGAAAGGCCUUGAGGAAAUCAAUGUUUGAAGGCUUUAAGAGGGAUGGCUUGCCGCUCUGA